AUGCAUGCCCAUUCGGGCCAGUUCUGCCCUGGCCAUGCCGUCGACCAGCUUGAGGACAUUAUCCUGCACGCUAUAUCUCUUGGAUAUAAAACUAUUGGCUUGACAGAGCACAUGCCUCGCUAUGAAGAACAAGACUUGUAUCCAGAAGAGCUCUCCGACCCCCAAGCCUCCCUCCAAGCCCUUCCCCCCCGCCACGAAGCCUACAUCCUCGAAGCCCGCCGCCUCCAAAAGAAAUACUCCCCCCAAAUCCACAUCAUCAUCGCCUUCGAAGCAGAAUUCAUCCGCCCCUCAUACGCACCCCUCGUCCAAGCCCUCUUCGACGCAUCCUCCCACGUCGACUACUUCAUCGGCUCCGUCCACCACGUCCACAGCAUCCCCAUCGACUACGACAAGGCAACUUACGCCGCUGCCGUCACUGCAGCUGGAGGCUCAGAGGAACGGCUUUAUGAGGAUUACUACGAUUUGCAGUAUGAUAUGCUAAAGGCUUUGAAACCGCGCAUUGUCGGCCACUUUGAUCUUAUUCGUCUUAUGAGUGAGGACCCGGGCAGGGAUGUCAGACAGUGGAAAGGCGUUUGGGAAAAGAUUCAGCGGAAUCUUGAGUAUGCUGCGAAGAUUGGGGCUUGGCUGGAGUGUAACUCGGCGGCCCUGAGAAAGGGCCUCGACGAGCCUUAUCCUGGUCGAAUCAUUUCAGAGGAAUGGCUCAAACUGGGCGGUAAAUUCACAAUGUCCGACGACAGCCACGGCAUCGCCCAAGUCGCCACAAACUACAGCCGCGCACUCACAUUCCUCGAAAGCCUCGGCGUAAAGCACGUCUGGACUUUCGAGCGCAAAGACCACCCCGAAGCAGGAGAAACCACAAAGGCGGAGCUCAGCGAUGUGGGCGUACCUCUCAGCGAAUUUCGUCGAAAUUUUUCAUAA